AUGUCUCCAAAGGAGAAGUCAAAGUUUGAGGACCAGGCGAAGCAGGACACAGCUCGCUAUGAUUUGGAAAUGAUGAGCUAUGGUCCUCCUGUGAAGAGGGUCAAGAAGGAUCCUAGUGUUCCAGAGAGACCUCCAUCAGGGUUCUUUCAUUUCUGUGCUGAGCAGCACCCCAAGAUCAAAGCCCAACACCCAAGCUUUGGCGUUGGGGAUGUGGCCAAGAAGCUUAGAGAGAUGUGGAACAAUUUGACAGACUCCAAUAAGCAGCCAUAUAUUGCCAAAGCCAACAAACUCAAGGAAAAAUACCAAAAGGAUGUGGCAGAUUACAACGGAGGAAAAUGGGAACUGGGCGGGGCAGGAGACGACGAAGACGACGAUGAGGAAGAUGAGGAUGACUAAUAGAAAAGGGUAUUGUGGUUUAAGACACUGGCAAUGUAGAUGUGAGCACACAUAUCUGUAGGGUUCACCUGUCCCAGAAGAAAACAUCAAAUUGGUUUUGAAACUGGUUUCUCGCUGUAGUUUCUUUCUGGCUGUCAUUUUGAGUCAUUAACACUUUG